UCUGGUAUCACUGAUGUGCAACAAGUCGAACAAUUGCCGCAUCGUUUUUCAUAGCGAAUCGCGAACACAUAACUAACGGUGCAAGAUCAGAGAUAGCGCUAGCGACUAAUUAAUAAAUAGCCAGUAAGCGAAAAGUGAAAAACCCUUUAAGUUCAAACCGUUAGUGCGCAAUGUCGGCAACGAGAUUUUUAAGUGCUGUUGGCCAAAUUUCGCGACAGCAAUUGCUGCAGAAUAAGUGUACGAGAGCCCUACCCAUUUCGGCCCAUCUCCUCCAAAACCGCCGCCUAAUGUCCACGACAGCUGCUCCGGUUGCCAACAAGCACCUCCACACCAAGGUGGUCAAUAAUGUUCUUGUGAUCAAGAUAGACUCCCCCAAUGCCAAGGUUAAUUCCCUGGGUUCCGAAGUGAGCAAUGAGUUCGAGCGCGUCAUCAAAGAUCUGGAGACGAAUCCUGCUGUUAAUUCGGCCGUUCUAAUUUCCGGAAAGCCUGGAUGCUUUGUGGCCGGAGCUGAUAUAGGGAUGCUUGAGGCCUGCCAAACGGCGGAGGAGGCCACGGUGAUCUCCCACGGGGCCCAGCUGAUGUUCGACCGCAUGGAGCGCAGUAAGAAACCCAUUGUGGCCGCCAUCAGUGGUGUCUGCCUGGGUGGAGGACUUGAACUCGCCUUAGCCUGCCACUACCGCAUUGCCACCAAGGAUAGCAAGACUAAACUGGGUCUGCCGGAGGUCAUGUUGGGUCUUUUGCCAGGCGGCGGUGGCACCGUGCGUCUGCCUAAGCUCACCUCCGUGCCAACGGCUCUUGAUCUGGAGCUUACCGGCAAACAGGUACGUGCCGAUCGCGCCAAGCGUCUGGGUAUCGUGGAUCUACUGGUGGAACCCCUUGGUCCUGGACUUCAGCCUGCCGAACAGAACACUAUUGAGUAUCUGGAGAAAACAGCUGUGCAGGUAGCCAACGAUCUGGCCAGCGGUAAACUUCGAGUUAAUCGCGAAAAAAGCGGUCUGGUUAACAAGAUCCAAUCCUUUGUAAUGGACACCGACUUUGUAAAGAACAAGAUCUUCGACACUGCCAAAAAGCAGGUUCUGAAGGCCUCCAAUGGUCUCUAUCCCGCUCCCUUGAAGAUCCUCGAUGUGAUCCGUGCUGGCGUGGAUAAGGGAACCGAUGCUGGUUACGAGGCCGAACGCAAGGGCUUCGGCGAACUGUCAGCCACUCCUGAGUCCAAGGGUCUUAUCUCCCUCUUCCGUGGCCAAACAGAGUGCAAGAAGAACCGAUUUGGAAAGCCAGAGCGCCCUGUUAAGACUGUGGGUGUUUUGGGAGCUGGUCUUAUGGGAGCCGGAAUUGUUCAGGUAUCUGUUGACAAGGGUUACCAGGUGGUGAUGAAGGACGCCACCGAUGCGGGUCUGGCUCGUGGUAUUGGCCAGGUCCAGAAGGGUCUAGAGACCGCCGUGAAGCGCAAGAGAAUCUCUGGUCUGCAGCGCGAUCAGACUCUGGCCAACCUACGACCCACUCUAGAUUACAAAGACUUCAAGGACGCAGACAUUGUUAUCGAAGCUGUGUUCGAGGACAUUAACGUCAAGCACCGUGUGAUCAAAGAAUUGGAGGCAGUUGUUCCUGAGCACUGCGUCAUUGCUACCAACACCAGCGCCAUCCCUAUCACAAAAAUUGCUGCUGGAAGCUCGCGUCCCGAGAAGGUUGUCGGUAUGCACUACUUCUCGCCCGUGGACAAGAUGCAGCUCUUGGAGAUAAUUACCCACCCAGGCACCUCCAAGGACACCAUCGCCCAGGCUGUGUCCGUUGGUCUAAAGCAAGGCAAGGUCGUCAUCACCGUUGGUGAUGGCCCUGGCUUCUACACUACCCGCAUCCUCGCCGGUAUGCUAUCUGAGGCCGUAAGACUGCUGCAGGAAGGCGUGGACCCCAAGGAUCUCGACAUAUACACUAAGAAGUUCGGUUUCCCUGUGGGCGCCGCCACCCUUGCCGAUGAGGUUGGCAUUGAUGUGGGCUCCCACAUUGCCAGUGACUUAGCAAAGGCAUUCGGAGAACGCCUUAGCGGUGGAAAUUUGGAAGUGAUGAACGAUUUGGUGCUAGCCGGUUUUCUCGGACGCAAAUCUGGAAAGGGCAUCUUCCUGUACGAUGGUCAGAAGCGCGGCACUCGUCCAGUGAACAAUGAUGCCGUAGAGAUCAUUAAGCAAAAAUAUGCCCUGGUAUCAAAGGGAGCCAAUACGCCCGAGGAUCUGACCCUGCGCAUGGUGUCGCGUUUCGUCAACGAGGCUGUGCUGUGCCUGGAGGAUAAGAUUUUGGACAGUCCACUCGAGGGCGAUGUGGGCGCUGUUUUCGGUCUGGGCUUCCCUCCAUUCUCCGGUGGCCCGUUCCGUUGGGUGGAUCAUUACGGAGCCGGAAAGCUGGUCAGCAAGAUGCAGUCUUAUGCCGAGCUCUACGGAGCUGCGUUCAAACCCUCCCAGACUCUUCUCGACAUGGCCAAGGACCCGUCGAAGAAGUUCUACCCCAAGACUGGCUCCUCGAAGUUGUAGAUCCGAUCCAAUCUGAUCCCAGCCUCCGAUAAAGCCACCAACGAAAUUUAGCUUUUACUGCGAAGUCAGAAUCAAGGUUAUUCCUUGUGCAUUUCUCUUUUAAAUGUGGGGCAUGGCCCCUGCGAAGCACCCUAUGUUGAAGUUGUCAGACUUAAAUUAAAGUUUACCAUGUAAUUUUCCAUA